AUGCCGGGUAAAGGAAAAAAUAGCAAAAGUAGUACUGAUACUACUGAUACUACUGAUAAUUCUUCGGCCGCCGUUUCUCCAGCCAGUGUUUCUAAUUCCAAUGGCAGUGCGGCCGCUCCUGAUAGUAAUGUUCCUGCGGUUUCAACACCUUCACCCGACGUUCAGCAACCUCAGAGUGAUUCCCAAAAUUCACAAUCAGUGGACUCAAAACCAGUGGCCUCACAAUCAGUGGACUCACAAUCAGUGGACUCACAACCUCAACCCACAUCACCAACUAACUCGCAAUUAGCUGCACAACCUCAAGCAGUUGCAUCAUCUCCUCCCCAACAAGCAGUACAACCAUCUCAAGCUACAAAUCCUGCAAUGAUUGCAACAGCACCAAUAGUAUAUACUGCUUUAUUAACUCCAACAAAUACUAUUGCUCAAUCCAUGAAUAAUAAAUUUCUCGUUAAUUCCGCAACCGCUUUACCUAGUGCUUCUCCGACCUCUGAUAGUAGCAAUUCCAACGAUGGUUCAUCAAAUGAUCCAUCAAAUAGUCAAAAUAAUGCAUUGAUAGGAGUAAUUAUAGGCCUUGUUGUUGUCGCAGUUGUGGUAUUUUUAGUAGUAAAGAAACGCUUACGCAAAUCUAGUAGAGAUAAAUACAGGGUAAAUGCGAAUAUCUUAGAUGAUAAUAGAGAAUUUAAUGUUGAAGAUUUUCAUAAAGAUUUAGGUGUUGAAAAUCCUCACAACGCUGUAGAUUAUCAGAAUUAUAAUCGUUAUACUAAUAGUUAUAACGAUUAUUAA